AUGGGGUUGAAGAUCCUGACAGACACGCUCUACAGGAAACCCAUCGAGUGUGAGAUCAGUGAAUAUAUCGUGAUGAACUACGGAGUGAUGUCCAGCAGAUUCUUUGCACAUGCCCCCCCGAGUCAAGAUGUCCGGACAGGAAUGUCCAGCCCAGAACAAGCACCCUUCACCGACGUCCGCAAAUACUUCCCGGAGACGUGGAUUUGGCAGCUGGUCCCGGUCGGAUCCUCUGGGAGUGCCUCUCUCCCUCUCACUGUUCCCGAUUCGAUCACUGAAUGGAAAGGCAGCACGUUCUGUACAGGAGCUGCCGGAUUCGGUAUAUCGGAGACUGUCUCCUUCAACGCCUUUAAACCCUUCUUCGUGGAGCUGGCUCUGCCCUACUCUGUCAUCAGGACUGAGGCGUUCACGCUCAAGGCCAAGGUCUUCAACUUCCUGAAGAGCUGCAUCAUGGUGAAGGUCAAACUCCUCGAGGCGCAAGGGUUUAAUGUGAACGCAGAAAGUAGCUUUGAAUACAAGAGCUGUGUCUGCUCCAAGGACAGUGUGACGAUCAGUUGGAAACUAGAGGCUACAAAACUGGGUGAACACAAUAUCACCGUUCGAGCUGAGUCCAUUCCGUCAGACACUCCCUGUGGGAAUGAGGUGGUCACUGUCCCGGACAAAGGAGCCAUUGAUGUCAUUCGCAAAGCCCUGCUGAUCAAGCCUGAAGGGACGGAGACUGAACUGACCCACAGCUCCCUCAUCUGCCCGAAAGGGAUGAGCGUGACGGAGCAGAUUCCCCUCCGGGUGCCGGAAGACGUGGUGGAGGGAUCGAGUCGGGCGUACAUCACCGUGCUGGGAGACCUCCUGGGGUCGGCGAUGGAGAAUCUGGAUGGAUUACUGAGACUCCCCACAGGGUGCGGGGAGCAGAACAUGGUGAAAUUUGCCCCUAACAUCUACGUGCUGAGGUACCUGAAUAAAACCAAUCAACUGACUGGGCAAAUCCUGGAGAGGACCACUGGUUACCUCCGGACAGGAUACCAGAACCAGCUGAGGUAUAAACACAGCGAUGGAUCCUUCAGUGCAUUUGGAGACAAUGAUCCAGAGGGAAAUACCUGGCUGACUGCCUUUGUGCUGAGAUCGUUCCUCGAGGCGCAGCAGCACAUCUCCAUCCAGGAGGAGAUUCUCCGCAAGUCCGCCCAGUUCUUCCUCAAACACCAGCUGGUAUCCGGCUGCUUCGCAAGCCUCGGGCAGCUCUUCAACAACGCCAUGAAGGGAGGUGUCGAUGAUCUGAUUUCCCUGUCAGCGUAUGUGACUACAACUCUUCUGCAAUUGGAGAAAAACGAUCCGUAUCUGGCGAACGACAUUUACACCAAACAUCUGGUGGAUAUCACCCUCCCAGAGCAUCAAUUGGAUUACAAGGAAUGGGAUGAAAGCACCGGAAUGCCCACUCUUACCCCUCCUGCCGUGGGAACAGCAAAUUUCAAGACGGGAGUGACAGACCAGGCCCUGAGCUGCCUCAUCGAUGCCUUGGGGACCGUUAACAACACCUACACCCUCUCCCUCCUCGCCUACACCUUCACGCUGGCCGGCGACCAACUCAACAGGGGCAAAGUCCUCCACCGGCUUGAGGACCUGGCCGUCCAGAAAGAUGGACUGACACACUGGCAGAGGAAGGAGAAGUCCGAGGAAGACCGGGGUUACUGGUGGAGGGCCCCCUCGGCGGAGGUGGAGAUGACAGCCUACGUCCUGCUGGCCCUGCUCUCCCAGCCCCAGGUCCCACGAUCCGACCUGGACCAGGCCACCUCCAUCGUCAGCUGGCUGGUCAAGCAGAGGAACUCCUAUGGAGGCUUUGCAUCGACCCAGGACACAGUGGUAGCACUCCAAGCCCUCGCCCUCUAUGCAGAGCUGACCCACGUGACCGAGCCGCACAGCUCCCUGUCCAUCAGCUCACCCAGCGGCCUCCACCAGGAAUUCCACAUCGAUUCCUCCAACCAGCUCCUGCUCCAAGUACAGCCGCUGGCCGAGGUUCCCGGGGACUACAGCGUGGAGGUCAGCGGCACCAGCUGCCUCCUUCUCCAGACGACUCUGCGUUACAAUGUUCCAGCAAAACAGAAGGAGGAUGUCUUCACACUCUCUGUGGAGAUGAUGGCGACAGGAACAAAGGACAGGAAUAAUCUGGAAGGACCACAAUACAAGAUUAAUAUUAAUGUCACAUUUACCGGCCAGCGUCCUGUGUCCAACAUGGUCCUUGUUGAUGUGAUGAUGCUGUCCGGUUUCUCAGCCCUUCGAGAAUCUUAUCAAGAUAGCCUGGAUCGCCGGAAUAUAAGUAAGUCCGAAAUCCAAGAUGGACACAUGGUCCUCUACGUCCAACCGAUGGAAUCGAACCGACUGCUCCAAUUGUCCAUUCUCACUGUCCAGGAUUUUGAGGUGGAGAAUCUGCAGCCAGCCAUUGUAAAAGUCUAUGAUUACUAUGAGACUGAUGAGUCUGUCGAGGCCGAAUAUGAGGCACCAAAAGGACCAGAGAUCGUCUGAAUCAAUGGAUAAACAGCUCCCAGAGACCUCCUCGAGUGUGGGUUACGAGGGAUGAAAUUUGCACUCGAUGCUUUGAUCAUAAUUAAACUUCAUAAUAAAACUAGACAUUUGCAAGACUUGUUUGUGGGA